UGCUUUUGGAGAGUGCCUUAGGCAGUGAUCCGGAUAGUACUGGUGAUAUAACAGAGGCACUGAAUGCACUAAGAACUCCUGGAGACUUUCAAACAAAAGAGGAAGAUGACUCAAGAAACGAUACAUCAUUUUCUGAUAGAGAUUCAACCUUGGAAACAUCCAUAGAAAUAAAAGCAACGGAAACUUCUUCCAUACAAGGAAGUAUUGCUACUGAGGAGCGUUGGGAGUCUCUGCUCGAUGAUGAUGGUGACUAUGUGGAUCCACGUCUUCAACAAGAGUUAUCAGGGAGUAUGAACAGAGACGACAUCCAGGAGCCAAGACAUGAUUGUUACGGCCAUGAAGUUCCUGAUAUUGACCUCAGCAAAUGUGAAUUCCAGCAUGUCAUCGAAAUUUAUGACUUUUUUCAAGAAUUCCGUAUAGAAGAUCUUCUACGUUUUUGUAGUUACCAAAAGCAAGGAUUUGAUGUUAAAUGGGUAGAUGAUACACAUGCACUAGGAGUAUUCGCCAGUCCAAUUACAGCUCGUGAUGCUUUGGGUAUUAAACAUACCGUGGUGAAGAUCCACCCCUUGUCACAGGCCACAAGAGCAGCCAAGGCCAAAGCUAGAGCUUAUGCUGAGUUCCUCCAACCAGCAAAGGAGAGACCUGAGAUGUCAGCAGCAUUAGCCCGAAGGCUGGUCAUCAGCACUCUUGGGGUUCAGGGCAGACAGAGCAAAGCUGAACGGGAAGCAGAGCUCAAGAAACUGCGGGAAGCCCGAGAGAGAAAAUGGUUGGAAGCCAAGCAACAGGAAGACAUCUGGGAAGGUAGAGGCCAGUCUGCAGUUUAA